CCGGGUGAGUUUGGUUUCGGCUGAAGCCGAAUAAAGCCUCACAGUUUUCCGUUCAGCACCACAGGACUCCAUCCGUCUGCGGACAGCGAUGCUUCAUCACCCGAAUCUCACCCGAGUCGCCCUCACGACCCAUUCAUCCCGGUGUCGGGCGCGAAGAGUUCAUCCAAGGGUCCGACACGCAUGUGACUGCAAACACACCGUAACGUCUGAGUAACAGCAACAAAAGGCGACAGAAAGUGAAGAGAUCAGACAGAGAGCCGGUAACUUUACGCAGAGACGCGGGUUUUUUUCUGCGCGCAUCUAAAGAUUGUUGUCAUCAUGCCUGUAAGGAGAGGACAUGUCGCUCCUCAAAACACCUUUCUUGGAAUGAUAAUACGCAAAUUCGAAGGACAGAAUAAGAAGUUUAUCAUAGCCAAUGCCCGGGUCCAGAACUGUGCUAUUAUUUACUGUAAUGACGCAUUCUGUGAGAUGACAGGAUUCUCACGGCCGGACGUCAUGCAGAAGCCCUGUACAUGUGACUUCCUACAUGGAGAACAAACAACGAGACAUUCGAUUGCCCAGGUGGCCCAGGCACUCUUGGGGUCUGAGGAACGUAAGGUGACCAUCACGUACCACCGCAAGGAUGGGUCUGAAUUUCUGUGCAACACUCACAUCAUCCCCGUGAAGAACCAAGAAGGAGUCGUGAUGAUGUUCAUCCUAAACUUCGAUUAUGUUCUGGAUGAGGACAGCAAUGACUCUACAGAAAAGCUGAACCUCACCCCGCCUGCCAAAUCUGACAUUAGAAAAGGAAGGUUUUUCCACUUUCGCCUGCCAGCGUUGAAGCUGUUGGGAACCAGCAAGCAGUCCCUUCCCCAGGAAGAUCCAGACACCGUUCUGGUAGAUACACCAAGGGCCAGCAAACACUCUUCGGCUCUCACAGACGUCCACUCACCCACAAAUGAUGCUCGCAGUCCAGCGGAGACCAACGACACCCGGGCGCUCAUCAGCUCCAGUCCUCAUUCGUCUCCACUCAGUGUAUCUGUACCCGUCGACCACUCAUCACCCAAACAGACCUGGGAUCUACCCAGUCCGUCUCAAGCCCAAUCUACCACCUGCCUGACCCAAUCCAUCUCCAGAAACAGUGUGUGCAGCAGAAGACGAGCCUCUUCGGUCCAUGACAUCGAAGGACUCAGUGGGAACUCCAAACGUCUGUUUUUAGACAGGCAUACAAGUGAAGGUCCAUUCAACCAUUUCAAAUCCAGUCUUCUGGGAUCCACUUCAGACUCGAACCUGAACAGAUACAGCACCAUUAACAAGAUUCCUCUCAUCGCUCUCAACUUUUCCGAAGCCAAUGAUAAGAAAGUCCCUUCUCCACCAUCCUCAGAGAAAACCAUCAUCGCACCGAAGGUCAAAGACAGAACUCACAAUGUCACAGAGAAAGUUACACAGGUCUUGUCACUUGGUGCAGACGUCCUACCAGAGUAUAAGCUUCAGACGACUCGCAUCGACAAGUUCACCAUACUACACUACAGCCCUUUCAAAGCAGUCUGGGACUGGCUCAUCCUACUCCUGGUCAUUUAUACGGCCAUUUUGACACCUUAUUCUGCUGCCUUCUUGCUCAAUGACCUUGAGGAGCAAAAGAGACGAGAAUGUGGCUACUCCUGCAAUCCCCUUAAUGUCGUGGACUUAAUGGUGGACAUCAUGUUCAUCAUCGAUAUCCUUAUAAACUUUCGCACCACGUACGUGAACUUGAACGAGGAGGUCGUGAGCCAUCCGGGGAAGAUCGCCAUCCAUUACUUCAAAGGCUGGUUCCUUAUAGACAUGGUGGCAGCCAUUCCCUUCGACCUGCUUAUAUUCGGCUCGGGGUCCGAUGAAACAACAACUCUGAUUGGCCUACUGAAGACCGCACGACUUCUGCGAUUGGUCCGUGUUGCCAGAAAGCUGGACCGUUACUCAGAAUACGGUGCUGCGGUUUUAAUGCUCCUGAUGUGUAUAUUUGCUCUCAUUGCCCAUUGGCUUGCCUGCAUCUGGUACGCCAUUGGAAAUGUUGAAAAGCCAUACCUGGAACAUAAGAUCGGCUGGCUUGACAAUCUAGGGGUGUCCAUUGGGAAGAGAUAUAACUACAGUGACCCCAAUUCUGGCCCGUCUAUAAAAGAUAAAUACGUCACAGCGUUUUACUUCACAUUCAGCUCUCUGACCAGCGUGGGGUUCGGAAACGUAUCUCCAAACACCAACUCGGAGAAGAUCUUUUCCAUUUGUGUCAUGCUUAUUGGAUCUUUAAUGUAUGCCAGCAUCUUUGGAAAUGUGUCGGCCAUCAUCCAGCGGCUAUACUCGGGAACAGCACGCUAUCACAUGCAGAUGCUGCGUGUAAAAGAGUUCAUUCGUUUCCACCAGAUCCCAAAUCCACUCCGGCAGAGACUGGAGGAGUAUUUCCAACAUUCGUGGACCUACACCAACGGCAUCGACAUGAACAUGGUCUUAAAAGGAUUUCCCGAGUGUUUGCAAGCAGACAUUUGUCUCCAUCUGAAUCAAAGCCUGCUUCAAGGAUGCAAAGCAUUCAGAGGUGCCAGUAAAGGCUGUCUGCGUGCUCUCGCUAUACGCUUCAAAACUACCCACGCACCACCCGGAGAUACAAUGGUGCACUGCGGGGACAUCCUCACUGCACUUUACUUUCUGUCCCGAGGAUCCAUCGAGAUCCUUAAGGAUGACACCGUGGUGGCCAUUUUAGGUAAGAAUGACAUAUUCGGAGAGAUGAUCCACCUGUACGCCAAACCCGGUAAAUCUAACGCAGACGUCAGAGCAUUGAGCUACUGUGACCUGCACACAAUCCAACGGGAAGAGCUGCUGGAGGUACUGGACAUGUAUCCGGAGUUUGCCGACCAUUUCCUAACCAAUUUGGAGCUGACCUUUAACCUGAGAGAUGAAAAUGGAAAGGGCACUUAUUUGCAAGCCACUGAUUCAGAUGGAGAGGAUUCGAAGAGCCGGAGAAAGAUUUCCUUUAAACGCAAACAAUCCAGAGGGGGGAGUCUGAAAGAAACAGACAGCGAGUUCGGGAAGGAGCGCCGAGAGUCACGGAUCAGCUCUAAGAGAAGCUCGGAGGACCGCCGCACCUCCAGAGAGGAACAGCAAACACUUUUGGGAGCAGGAAUAAUGGAGAACCCCUCAGUAAAGAGCUGCACCUCCACACCGGCCUGCGUCUCUCCUGACGAACACAUGGAACUGGGGCGUUAUGAUGAUGAUAUACACACCCCUGACUGGUUAGCAGAAAGACCCAAACAGCACAUGGACAAAAGUACACAGGAGCAGGGUGGGACAGAAGAUGAUGACCUGGACUGUGACAUCACAUAUGGAGAGGUGGAGCACAGACUCGACCAGCUGCAACAACACCUGAGCAGGUUAGAGUCCCAGAUGACAUCAGAUAUUCAGAGCAUCCUUCACCUGCUUCAGAGACAGACGUGUUUAGGACCCCCGGCUUACAGCAGCCUCACAGAUUACAAGAGACUUGCCAGCAAAGUACAACCUGUAUCUUCUGUGCCCACCGGUCAACCACACCGCACAACUCCACAGGAUGCAGAGUUUUUGGGCAUAACAAACAUUCGCUCCAUAGACUCUCCAUCAGGUUUGUCCCUAACAGAGUCUAAUCUGCAGCAGAGCCAUGGGAUACAGCCGUCACGAGACUCAAUUCCUACUCACAGUUUUAUAAACAACCAGACACUUACACUUACACGACAUCAUUCCAAAUCUCUCCCACCAGACCCGCUGUUGAACCCUGUAGCAACAGAGACUUUAGAUCUUCACAGACCUUUGUCUGAUCCAGGAGUAAAAGAACAGCAAUGACUGCGGUAUAGAUAUCUGGACAUCUGCACGUCCAGAGAAACAAAUCUUCUGGAUUCUCUACAGACACUGGCCUAAUGCAACUCAUCUAUUACUUGAUAUUGGCUUCCUCUGUGAUGUCGCUUCCUUUUUGCUCCUCAAUGCCUUUGAGGACGAUCUGACCGAUUACAGACCGAACUUCCAUUUGUAGGAAGUUUUCUGUAAAGACAAAGGUGACAGUCUUUUGUAUGACUCAGGAUAUUGCUGAUGGCUUAUAUCAGAUGACAGCUUAUGGCAGGCCCUGUUUCCAGUUUCAAUUUGGGGAUUCCAAAUGAUUGUAAUCCCGAUUACAAACCCCACUGAAAGGUUAAAUUAAAAAAAAUAACAUUUACUCUUGGUAAUUGGUAUGACCUCCCUCUUUAAAUCUCAGCAGCAUUCAAACUAAAUCUGAUGAUCUGUAUUAACCAGCUUGGUUUAUGAAUGUUCAGAGCAAUCUUUUGUGCUUCCACAGAGCUGAGCAUAUCUGAUCUUUUAUGGAAAAGGUCAAAUGGAUUUCAGGUAGUGGCCUAGGAAUGAAGUCUUAAAUAUUUCUUCAUUUUAUGUCAUAACUUUAAAUCCCAGAUUUGAAAAGUGGUCUUAGUAUUUAUUUAUUUAUUUUUAUCUGAAUAACUGCCAUGUAUUAAGAAUGUAUUUUUCUGCCCGGGAAAAGAGAUGCAUGGCUGAGGGUUUUAACUAGUUGCAUGUUUACUGCAACAUACUGGGAAGCAGGUAUGGUGUCGGCAUGCCCUAAAGCUAAAAACUAAAAUGCACUGUUCUCUAAUUGACUGUUUUUUGCACCUGGUCAUGCUGGCUUGAAUUAAACUCAUGUGCAUGACUAUUACACUAGUUCACAACACAGUAUACGAAACAAACCAGCAGCCCCUAAAGUUACAGUCGUUCUUCUGAGCUUUGCCUAUCCAGAGCCGUCUUACACCGCAGAAGUUUUGGGGUGGAUUCUGGUUGCAAUGUACAUUAUAGUUUCACAUGUAGCUCUGAAUAUACACUGUACUGUAUGCAUAUUUAUAAAUGGAUUAUGUAUAUUAAUCAACUACUGAUCUACUGUGAUCAGCUAUAAUGAUGUUGGCUUGAUCAAGCUACUGAAAUUCUUUACUGUAUCGAGGCAACAAAAGUUGAUCACAAUUGUUUGUCUCAAUGCAUACUAGCAAUAAUAGUCAAACACUGGAUCUGCACACACAUUUCUUGUCAAAUUUACCUCUGUGGGACUGAUCUGUUGAAUAAGGUUGCAAAUAUUUCUCUAACAUCAUCAAGUUGUUAACUUUACAUAGUAAAAAUAACUGAAUGGUUCUGAGAGGAGAUUUGUGUGUUUGCUUCUCUGUAACUUAUAAGUGUAAACUUUAUUAAACUAAUUUUAGUUUUAUGUAUUAAAAUAUACAUCCAGUAUAACACUGGAAGUUUUUUAUGUGCAAUAAACACUUUGAAUUACCCUGUCAAUUUUAUCAGUUUGGACAGCUACAGCCUUUUAAUUUAUUUUUGAUGUCACUGUAUUUUGAAGCAAAUAAGUAUUAGUUUUACAUUUAAAAUUGCACAAACCCAUAUUCUGAAAAACGAAGACAUAUACAAAUAAAUGAAAUCUGCGUAUGUGUGUAAUAUUCGGUUAUUUCUGCAUAAAGGGAGAGUUCCUGCACUUUAUUUCAAAAUAAAAACUUAGUAACCCAAUAUAAUAAUUAAUGUUGUUACUUUGUGUGCAUGUGCCUGCUGUCUGUCGCCUGUAUGUGAAUUCUUUGCAUAUAUUAAUGUGUAAGCAUCUGUUUUUUAUUUAUUGAUUAUAUUUUGUUUGUAUGCAGUGUGUGUGGACUCAUAAUAGGCGGGAGACGGACAGAGGCAGAAUUUUUUUUAUCUAAAACUUUUCAAUAAACUGCAAACUUUUGCACGUAACCUCCAAGAAGGUACAAAUGUUUGUUUGUUUUCCCAGUGUUUCACUUGGACUUUUUUAUAGUUUGCACUGUACAGUUUCUACACCACACUAUUCUGCAGGUGUACUGACUUUGUCUGUUAUAUAAAGGUUUAUUAUUAUAUAUAUCUGAUGCAUUUGCAUCAGGUAAAUACUUUAAGUAUAUAA